CAGUAUGUUUGUUUGGCACAAGCUUAUUGUAACUCCAACUUGAAGUCUGUCCAUUCUGUGAAUGAACGACUCAAACCCUCUUCUUUCUUCGUCAUUCUGUUUUCGACAUGCUCAAAAAGAGCAGCGUCACGAUUGACCACGAGAUUCAAGUCUUGCAAGCUCAAAUCGCUAUUCUGCAGCGUCGUGAGGAUGACUUCGUCCGUAUUUUGGAGGACAUGGCCCGUCUCAGAGACUCAGUCAAAGCCGAGCAAGUGGCACUUGCAUCUCAAAUAACGGAGCUAGAGAGUCAGAAAAAUCCAAUCAACUGGUUGCCCUCGGAGUUGCUGAUUCAAAUCUUUGUCUCUGUGACGGAGGACGACUUAGACAUCUCAGCAGGUCUCGCGUACAAUCCAUCGCCCGUCAUUAUAUCACACACAUGCCGGAAGUGGCGUAAACUCGCAUUUGCCACUUCUAUACUGUGGUCGCAUGUUUCUUUCAGGAGCAGAAAGUGGUCCGCGUCUCCAGUAUGCGCGUUCAUAAAUCGCUCCGGUUCUAGUCUGAUCGACCUCACAUUCUCUCCCCCACUGUAUGAUGUUGAUGACCAUGACGCUGCUGAGGACGAGCGGCUGGCAUCUGAAUGUCUACUCCACACGCUGAGCUUUCACCUCUCUCGUGUGCGCUCUAUCACCUUCGAGUGCACAUCCUCUGCCAGUAUGGGACUCAUUGUGGAACUACUCAUAGAUAGCCUUCACGAAUUAGAGUCAUUAUGCUCCUUGGAUCUGUCCUUCACAAGCCUUGCCCCAUGCUUUUCAGGCACACCACUACUCGAACUGGAUGAACUGGACAAACAGAGUCUCGCUGACACACCAAGCGUCCUUACCUACCUCCGUCUCCAACAACUACCACCGCGUGUCAUUUCGCCAUCUCUCUUGCGGUCUGUGCAAACUCUCGAGCUCUCCUUCCCUCAACGAAGAUCCCAGCGUGCUCCUCAGUACAUCCUACGAAUGUCUCAUGUGCACCGUUUCCUGAGUUUUAUUCCAGAGCUCCAAGACUUAGUUCUUAUGGAAACUACACCCCUUCGUGAUGUUGUAUUCGAGGAACCUAGCGAAGGACAGACAACGGACAAUCGGUUCGUCGUUGUGGACCCUCUCAAACUACAUAAACUCAAAAGCCUCACAUGGAAGUUCGCCAAUCCCCGCGACGUGUACACCUUCAUGUCUUUCUUCGGCAUGCCUGCUUUGGAACGAUGGGAGAUUCUGAUCGCCAACUCCCUAACGAAACGGAACGACGUCAGCAUGCUUCGCGGCAAUCAUGGGCACGAAUCAGACUCGUUCAUCCAAGCAGAGCGCCUCGGAGGCGUCCUAUCCAUGACCGCGCUUAAGGAGUUGUGCGUCAGCUGCCAGGAUGGGGAUUCCCUCGUUUCUUCGCUGCGCCAAUUCUUCUUCCCUGUACUCGAGCAACUCGAGUUUGCAUACGCCGGAAAGUGCCCCUCAAAUUGUGACCACAAACAUCCUCUCCCACGCCUUGAUUAUGUAUUUCGCGACCCUCGUCUCCCCCACCUUACGCAUUUCACGCUGUCACACCUUGAUGUAUUUGCCGGGCACGGGAAGCUCAUGCUUGGUUACAUGCCAGGCCUCGUAUCAUUGACGCUGAUAUCGUGUACUGGUGUAGACGGCGUGCUAGACGCGCUUGCCGAAGCAUAUGGUCGCACGAUGGAUGUAGAACGCAAAGAAAUGCGUGGAUAUGGCGUUAGAGUUUGUCCGAAGUUGGAAAGGAUAGCACUUUGGAGCUGCUCUGACUUCAAAUUCCAAAGCUUAUUUGCAGUCGUACUCGCACGUGCACAGUCUGUAGGCACCAGCGUGCUCAUGAAAGCACCAAAGGACGUGCCUAGUGUUGUCUCUGCGGUCAUGGGCCGUAAGAUUCUACCGUUGAAGAAAUCGCGCGUGGCGUCUCCACAGGGAGGCCCAUCUUCUCCCGCAAAGCCACAUACAAUGCAGAACUCUCAUGGAGUGUCAUCGACAUUGAUUCCUAUCGAGGAGGCUUUGCGCCCUGUUCAAAUCGCCUGCGUCCAUGUCAACGAUUGUCCCCAGAUCACCAAGGUCGAUGCUUCAUUGCUGGAGGAGUUUGGCAUAGUUGUUGUAUAUCGGUGAUCACGUUCCCGCGAAGCACGGUGAUGAAACUGGACCUAACUAAGAUAAUAACCCUUCUAGCAAUGUAUCCUUUAAAGUAACUCCCAGCUCCGCAUGCCAAUCUUGAGG